ACCAAGCCACCACUAGCACCAAAACCAAAGAUUGUUGGUCAUCUUUCUCCAGUAGCUGUCUCCAAAUUUUCUCCUUCACUGCCAAGGGCUGAUAUUCUUCAUAACCCGAACUCUAUGUCUAGGGGUCCCAAACCACCUAUUGCUCCCAAGCCGAAAUUCUCAGCUGACACUGAGGGCAAAUCCAGCGUUUACACCAACAAUAACUUAAAUAAAUGCUCAAAUGGGAAACUGGUAUGUCUUGAUGGAGAGCUGUAUGAAGGAAAUCAAUGCAAUGCUGAUUGCCCAGAAUCUGAGGCAGAUAGUGAGUACAUUGUAGUUCCUGGAGCUCAGCUGACCAGCAAAGACUCUAAUGACUUGGAACAUGAGCAUGAUCAGAACCUAGAUUUCUCUGUGGAAAAUGAAGUCUUGGAAACUCCAGAAGAGGUAGAGAAGGAAGAGGAUAAUAUUGCUAAUGAUGAGGAUACCAGUAAUCGAGAAGUCACCAAAGAUGAGCACCAUAACACUUCAGAUCUUGCUGAACCAAUGGAACCAGACUCUGAAGAGUCAACCAGAGACUGUGACCAGUACAAAGCACUUUGUGAGGAGUCCUCAGAUGCCCCUGAUGGGGAUAAUGAUGCUUCCAAGAAUGUAGAUGAAGAUGAGGAUUUUGUAGGUGAUUGUACUGAAACCAAAACCAAGGAGGAAACUUCUAACAACCUGGAACUGGUUAAGGACAAUAGUGAUUAUAAGACUGACAGUGAUAGUGAUACCAUUUUGAAUAGAGAUGAGGAACGAAUGGGUGAUUUCUGUAAAGACACCAUUGUAAUGCCACUGCUGGCAGAUGAAUUAAUCCCAGGUUGUAAGAAGGCAGGGCAGGAGGAGAGGGAACUGCCUGAGAUUUUAGAAAAGGGAGAUGGGUGCCUAGCACAUGAUGGUGAGUACAGUGCGCGUGCAGAGCUUGAUUUGGACAUGGAAGGGCAGUUAGAAAAUGAUGACUGUGCAAGCCCUGACAUGCUGCCCAGUGAGGCCAGUGAAGAAACAGCUCCUGGCUUAGACCCAUGUGAAGAUGAAACCAAUGCUGCAAAUUAUUUGGGAGAGUCCAUCCAGCAAGCAGCAGCUGAAGAGGAGGAAGCAGCCCCAGAUGAGCACAAUAACACAAACACAGGAAAUGCCAGUGAUGGCUGCCAGAUCACUGAGAGGAGAGGUGAGGAAAAGACAUCAGAGGUAGCCUGUGAAGCAAGCAAAGACUCUAGGAAAGGGGAAGAAGAAACUGUGAAUGCAGAGACUAUGGAUGAUGGCUGUCAAAUUGCUCCUUGUGAGAAUGAAGGUGGUGAGGAAAUACCCAUGGAAUAUUCAGAUGAGAAUCUUCAAACAAAAGGGACCUCUCUGGAUGAAGAUGGUGUGAUCUCUGAUAGUCUACCUAGUAGUCCAGGGAUGGAGCCAGAGCUGAAAGAUGUGACUGUUGAAGAGCAGAGUGAAAGUAUUGUGGAAAUCUCUAAGUCAGAUGAGCUGCAACUUAAAGACAAUGAGGUAGAAGCAAACAGCCUCAGCAAAAGUGUCCCAAGUCCACCUCAACAGGUGCCACUUGAGGAGGAGUUAGAAGUCUGUAAGCAUGGCAAAAUGAAUGUAGAACAUGGGACCAAACAUGUCUUGCAUGAAAAGCUAGCAGUCCCUGAAGUGGUCAUUGUGCCUGAAGAAGCAGAGGAAAGAGAAACUAACAGUGAUUCCCUAGAUGACCCUUAUGUGCUUCCUGCAGAAAAUGAAAAUGCUCACGAUGGACAGGCUGAUUUAGGAGCUGAUCACAGUAAAAGGGCUGAAUUAGGCAUGGAUGGUGAAAACAACUUGCUGCCCAUUGAUCGUAAAAGCAUUGUCACUAGAACACGGUCGCUCUCUGGGAAAAUGCCAGGCUAUGUCCCAGAAACAGUUCCAGAAGAAACUGGACCUGAAACUGAUGUACCAUCUUCCCGCAAUGGCUCUGGGACAGAAGAUUUAAGCAAUAAUUUAUUUUCAGUGGAAGGAAAACCAAUGGAAGCCAACAGGGCAUUACCAACCAAGUCAAGACGUUUCAUUUUAUAUCCUCGAUCUUACUCUGUUGAAGGGAGAGAGAUACCUGCCUCUGUUUACAGAGAAAGUGAUGGCUGUGGACUGGAUGAUGGUAGAAUAAAAAGGACAGAAGACAACUUGUCUUUGCCUUGUGUCAAUGGUUCCUCAGGGAGUUUUUCCCAGAGAAAUCAUCUUUCAUCUUGUGGCAUAUCUACUCCAUCCUCAGUUGUUGAUAUACCACCUCCUUUUGAACUUGCCUACAUCACCAAAAAGCCAAUCACUAAAAGUUCCCCUUCACUUUUGAUAGAGAAUGACUCACCUGAUAAGUAUUCCAAGAAAAAGAAAUCUUCCUUUAAGAGGUUCCUUACUCUAAAAUUCAAGAAAAAACCUGAAAGUAAAGUGCAUGUAGAUGUUAAUGUUUCCUCUUCAAGGUCCUCAUCAGACUCUAGCUAUCAUGGGCCUCCAAGGCUGAUGGAGCUGGACAGGAGGAGCCUAAGUAGCUCACCUCAACUAAAAUCACAUGUGGGGAAGCUCCGUGCAUCUGAGUCUCCCUCAGCUGUUCUUUUCUAUAAGGAUGGUAAAAGAAAAGGAACACCAAAGGCCUUCAGCAGGAGUGUGUCAAGGGUGGAGUCCUUUGAGGACCGGUCCAGACCUCCUUUCAUGCCACUCCCAUUAACGAAACCCAGGUCCAUUUCUUUUCCCAAUGCUGACACGUCUUUUUUUAUUCCUGCUAUGAGCUCCGACUAUGAAAACAUACAAAUUCCACCUCGAAGAUCCACCAGAGCAGGAACUUUUACUGAGUUUUUUGAAGAUCCCAGCAGGGCAUUAUCUGCUGCUAAUGAGAAUGACGGCUAUGUGGAUAUGAGCAGCUUCACUGGCUUUGAGAACAAGCAGCAAACCACAGACCAGGAAACAGAAAG